AUGACUAUUUCUAGGCUACAACUGUUAAAAAUAAUUAAUGAUUAUUCGGAAUAUGUCAAUAAGAUACAGGUAACAAAUAGUGAUGAUAAAAACAUCAUCUGUAUUCCAAGAACUUCCUUUACGGCAAGUAGGUUGAUGUUUAUGUCAUUUGAAGAUUUAGCAGAAAGUUCUAAAACAAUAUUGUUAGGUGGAAUCCCAGACCAAAUUUUAAGUCAAAAGAAAGAAUCUAUACUAAGAUCUUAUUUAAAUUGUAAUUCCCAAAAUAAACCAUUUAAAAGAAUUGAUCCUAUACAACAUAUUGAAGAAAUUCAAACCGCUGUUGAGCCUCCUUAUCAAAGGAAUAAAAUUUACAAGGUUGCAAAUUCCUUCUCAAAUACUUUGAGCAGACAAAAAAAACCCUCAGAUAUUGCUGAAAAUACUAUAAUAUCUCAUACCAUUAAAAUACAUACACUCAAUAUUAUAUGUAAUCAUCAAGGUCAAGAAAUCUUCACUCCGAUCAUUUCUCGUCAAUAUGAAAGUAUCCCUGAUGAAUCGCUCAGGAUAAUCAGUUAUCAUAGAUACAAGACUCCCAUAAUUAAAAAUAUUACUCGAAUGAUAACAAACAAUCAGUCACUAGAAUAUCAUUAUCCAUGUGAGAUUCAAAAUCAACAAAGGCCAAAAGCUUAUCUAAAAUCUACCAGUCUACAAACGAUCGAAUCUGAUGCAAAUGAAGCAAAAACUCGGAACGAUAGGACAGACAAAAAAUCUAAUACAAGAAAUACUGAAUAUUCAGAAUCUGGUUUUGAGUCUCAAGAGUUCUACUCCGCUUAUAAUGAUAACAAAUUACCAUUUAGGAAUUCUGGUGCCGAUAUAGAGUUAUUAAACCACUCUUCCAUAGUCCAGUCUUGCGAUGCACAAUACUUUCAAAAUUCCAAAGUAGACAUAAUUCCUGAAGAAGUCGAGACCAUUGAUAAAGGUUUUGUUUCACCAAAAAAAACAUUAAUAAAAAAUAAUAGAAAAAUGCUGACAUUAAACAGAAAUGAGAAGAAACCAAGAAAUGAUUCAUUGGCUUUAGCUUCUUCAGAGAAUAGGUCAUUAAAGGUACAGAGAUUAAAUAACUUCCUCAAUGAUCAAAUACUAUCUACUGGUAUUAAUACAACUGCCCCAUACAAGGAAAGACUCGGUACAAAUUCUUCUGUAAGAAGGCAAAAGCCUAGAAGUUAUAACUAUUCUGCAUUGAAUAAAACAGAAAACCUACUCACUUUACAACCAAAGCCUGUAGUUCUUUCAGAACAAGAGAUGUCUGAUUUGGAUUUAUAUCCUAAGCAUAAGUUUUUAACAAAUCAUUUGAACGACGUGACAGACAUGGCCAUCAGUAAGAUGAAAUAUGGGUUAUCAGAAAUAUUUGACCCAGAAAAUGGAUCGAAAUUGAGUUUAGAAGAGAAGGAUGUAAAAAGCGACAUUAUCAUAGCUGACAAGGUUUUGGUAAUGGUUAAGAUGUCGGAAUCUUACCAUGGUAUUUUAAAUAAGUUCACAGACGUCGAACAGAUAGAUACUAGGAUCGUUGAACGUUGGAAAGAGUAUCUGGUAAUCGGGAGAGAUUUUUCAAGGACUAGUAAAUGUAUUGACUUAGAAUUUUACAAAGAUCUUGGAAUUUCAACAGAUACAGUUGGGCCAGUAGCUUAUAAAUUUCAUUCUGAGAUUGAUAUCAAUUUUUGUUUUAAUGAAGAAUCUAUGGUGACGUUUUAUAAUGCAUUAGAUAAAACAAUUUGCAUACAGAGAUCAGGAAGAGGCGCCAAAGAAGGAUCAGGAUAUACAGGAAAAGGGGACCAUAGAUCUGCUACCAAUAUGAUGUUUUAUAUCUUUAAUUUUCAAACUAAAUCUGCUGCAUAUAAAUGGUAUAACUGUCUUAAGGGAUAUUUUGGCUUUAAUGAAAUUUGCAAAAACCUAACAGUUAAUAUUCCUGAUAUAUCAUUAUCUCUAACUUUAAAUCUUCAAGAAGAGGAUGUUAACCAGCUCGAUAUAUACGAGAGAAAUGAAAGUAACUACUUAAACCUCAUAAAAACGAGUCAUGGUUACAAAGUAAUACAGACCCCAAUAAUCAGAUAUCUUAAUCUUAUAAUUUUUACUGAGUUAAGAAAGAUAGGGCUUCAUUCCCAACUUGAUGAAUGGAUAAAGAACAACAUGAUAAUGGGUUGUAAUUUAAAAUACUAUGAUCGUCUUGAGUGGUCACCCGAAUCAGAGUUCAGAUUAUUAACGUGUGUGAAUAUAUUCAGAAAUUUGUUCUCAUUAGAAUACAGACCUUAUUCGCACCACCCUAGGUCUAUUGACCUUGAGAAUGGGAAGAAAGAAAAUGAACCAGUCAAUAUCGAAGGCUACCUAAUUAAAUUUAGUGAUAGAUUUGGAAAUGACAUUUCAAGAUUUGGUAGAAUGUAUAUGAGACCUAGUUAUUUUCUGACUUGUGAUAAUAUAUUAUUUUCAGUACCUGCAAGCAAAGCUACUCCUCCAUGUCCUUUGGAAUACGUCACAACAAACACAAUCAAUAGUUUUGAUAAUGAUACAUUCACUAACUCUGAGAAGGACACGUUCAGUUCUGAAAAUAUUUUUGAACAGAAUCCAUACCCUUUAAAUACCAAUAACGUCGUAGAUUGGGUAGAAGACUCUCAAAAUAAUAAUGAUUUUAUUAAAAAUGAUAGUUAUGCAAAAAUGUGUUUUAAGAGGCGUGUGUCACAAAUAUUUAAUUCGGACUCAAUUUUAAAUUUAACAGACAUAAAGAACAUUAGCCGAGGUGACCCAGAAGAGGCAAUAUAUUCAAAGAAAUGCCUGAAAGCACUAUCUUUUGGAAGUUUUUGGUUUUGGAACAAAAAAAGAACAAUCAAUGAUAUCGCAAACUCUAUCAUUUUUAUUUAUACGUCAAAUGGAUUGGCAAUGAAGCUGUUGGCACCAAAUGAGGUAGUUGCAAUGGAAUGGGUUACGAAACUAAAAAAAAGUGUAUCAUAUUGGACCAAACGACAGCGACACAUCCUCUCUAGAAUUAUCAGAUUAAAACAUACGAAUAUAAGUAACCUUAAAAUAUCUGAAAUAGAGGAAUCAAAUAUCAAUUCCAAUACACCCAAAUGGAUAGUUGAUCAUGGGAUUUCUGAUCCAUCUUUGUAUAAUAUUGAUGCAUUUUCAUUAUCACGACCAAUAUUAUCAAAGGGGUUCUUAUAUCAAAAGAUGAAAAAACAUUCAAACUUCUGUAAAUACUAUGCAAUCCUAAUACCAGGCUUCAUUCUAUUGUACAAUUGUUUUACUAGAUCAAAGACUGGGUUUCCAAGAAAGACAGUUGACUACGGCCAUUACGUCACAAUUCCCUUAAAAAACUGUUACAUAUAUUCAGGUAACAUAACUGAAAAUGAUUUAAUAAAAAUAAAAAACAAAUAUGAUGGCGUAGAUCUAGGGAAACAUAUUUUGCCAAGGGCAUAUGCUGAUGGUUGGACCUCAUUCGAAGAUGAGCCUUUAAGAUCUUUCACAAUCUGGUUUGGUUCACUCAAAUCAAAGGAUGAUAGGUAUAAUGCAAAUGAUGAGGUAAUUAAUAGUAAUUUGUCCAAAUCAAUUUACGAUGAAAACAUAACAGAUAUAAAGAAAAAGAAUGCUAAGAUCAGUGAUUCAGGUAAGAGUAUUAUAUUCUUAGCUAGGUCACGUCAGGAAAAAGAUUUAUGGGUACUAUCAAUUCAAUAUGAAUUAGAGCGCCUUAACUGUUAA